CUAUAGAGAUAUGUAGAUUCAUGGGAGUGCAUCCAUGUGAUCAGAGGACAAGUAUCAGCGACUAUCAGUUUCUUUUCCCUGCAGUUGACUUGUCACUGAUAGAAAGCGAGGAAGACAAGUUAUGGAAGGCUGAUGUUAGGGAAACAAUUGAAGAACUUGCAGCUAGAGGAAAAAGGUUCCUGAACUGGCUAUGGACAAGGAAAGAGAAAGAGAUAGCGAUUGUGACACACUGUGGUUUCUUGUUUCACACAUUGAAUGCACUACAAAACGAGUGUCAUCCAGAUGUUAAGAAGGAAAUUUGCAGCCACUUUGCGAAUUGUGAGCUACAUUCAAUUGUCAUCGUUGAUAGAAGUAUGUUGGGAUCAGACACUUCGGUGACUGAUUAUUCAGGAAAGAUUCCAAAGGGGAGUGACCUUCCAAGUGAUGCUGUUGUAGAUGAGUCAACAUCAAAGUUGAGUGAUUCUUUAUGGACACUGCAUUGUCUUCAACUUUCUAUUUAUCUAUAUUACACAAAUCCCUUCUUUGUUGUAUGCAACUCUCUUAUUAGUCUUACUAUUGACUUAUUGAGUGUGCUAGUUGGCUUAAUUGGGACUUGGGUCAUAAUGUUGUGUUUUUGGUAAAACAAUAACGGAUGGAAAUGUUUUAAAACCUUAUCCCAAAGAUUUUCAUCCAUCCUUUCCACAGCAUAUCUGUAAGUAGACAGCUUUGAGUGCCCCAAACAAAAGCACUGCACGAUGCAAGUUUUUCACAUACCUAGCGUUUGCAGUUUCAACAAUGACUUCUUCUUAUUUGUGACAUUGAUGAGCUCUCAUCACAUUGGUAAUGCCACAACUGCAAGGAUUGGUAGUGCUCUAAUUUACUGUUGAUGUCAAUGAUAAUUUCACCUAGGGCAUUGCACAUCUUGACUUCCUUCACUAAACAGAUGCUCGAGGAACUGAGAGACAAGUCCAAGUCGGUUUCUGAAAAGUUAGGCUUAAAGCCAAAGGAUGAUAAAAGACCCAGUUACCUUGGCGUUCAUCAUCCAGACACCUUAAUGAUGUGUUAAAAGACCCAGUUACCGUGUGUCCCAAGAACUGUCGUUCAAUAUAAAGAAGCAUUUUGCAGGUAACGAGUGAGAGAUCUUGGAACAAACCCAAAACGAUCUCAAACAUUGAUCAGCGUCAAACAAGCUCCUCACAAUAAAUACUACCAUCGAGCAAUUUACCAUAAAUUCAACUACGCUUAC